AUGGCUUCGGUUCUAAUGCCACACACUUUACGCUGCUUCCUGUCUUUGCGUGUGAUGGGUGCACCCCCUCGAAAAUUGACAUCAGAGCGUUCAGGAUUUGCCCCCAUCAGGAGUCAAAACUUCAGAUUCCCAGUUCCAUCUGCCCCACUGACCUUUGAGGAUCCACAGGCAUUCCGGGAGAAGAGCUUAUGGGAGCUUGUACGAGCGCUCGGAGUUUUCAGGCUAUGCUCUUUUCCUUUGCUGGUCAACCACUUUGGCAAGAUCAUGUCUUUUGCACGGACCGUCCUUGGAAAGAGGGGUUUCAGCAUGGUCCUUCGUCCAUUUGUGUAUGCUCAGUUUGUAGCAGGGGAAACGGAGCCUGAGAUUGACAAGUCCUUGAGGAAGAUGAGCUCACUGGGACUUAGGCCUAUGUUGGCUGUGCCCAUUGAGGAGGACCUAGGAGAGAGCACUGGAGAGCAAAGGUACGAUGACAACUUGGCGUCCAUGUUGGAAUGUGUACGCAUGUCCCACAGCAAUUCUUGGAGCAAAGAUCCCAUGAUGCAGCUGAAGAUCACAGCACUGGUCAGCCCAGAGCUUUGUGUUAAGCUGACAUCUUUGAUGAAGGAACAAAAGUAUGAUCUUAACUUCUUUGUUAAAGCUAUGGAUAAAGAGGUAGUGGUUACAUUUCCUGGCCUCAGCGAGAGUGAAAACGCACAUUUUCUGCGUGGCCUGUGCAGACUAAAUCAAAUAGGACAGGCCAGUAUUAACAAAGUCAGAGUUCUAGUUGAUGCUGAGUAUACAUACAUGAACACUGCCCUCUCAGUCAUCACCAUGGCGAUGAUGAAAAAGUUCAAUCAAGAGGACGCCUGGAUCUGGAACACUUAUCAAUGCUACCUAAAAGAGUCAAGAGACCUUUUGCUCAACGCCAUUCGCCUGUCUGUGGAUGAAUCUUUCUGUCUUGGAAUUAAACUUGUACGAGGUGCCUACAUGGACAAGGAGAGGAAGUUGGCUGGCAAAGAAGGCAGAGAUGACCCCAUUCACCAAAGCUGGGCGCAAACAAAUGAAAGCUACAACGGCUCUCUGGAAAUUAUGCUGAACCUCAUUUCCCAGAAUCCAGACCGCUACAAGAUCAUUGUUGCAACUCACAAUGAAGAGUCCGUUAGGAGGACUAUAACACAGAUGGAUGAGUUACAGAUCAGUCGAGAUGGGGGUUUGGUGUGUUUUGGCCAGUUGUUGGGGAUGUGUGACCAUGUGUCUCUCACUCUGGCCCAGCAGGGUUUCUCAGUGUACAAAUCUGUGCCAUACGGUUCAGUGGACGACACACUGCCAUACCUGGCACGUCGAGCGCAGGAGAACCGCGCUGUACUGCAGGGCAUCCGCAAGGAGAGAGAUCUGUUACGGCGAGAGCUAUGGCGCAGACUUCAGGGGAAGUUCAGUGGCUCUAAAUAGAGCAGGAGAGAUUUCUGUGCAAAGAGAAUAGGGCUUCAGAACAUUAAAGUAAUAUUUUUCAACCUAAUCUCUAUCUACUGAGUCUGUAGUGUAUGGUCAGUUAACACUGUCAACAAUUCAACAGCCACCCUUA